UUAAUUACGCAUUUUUUAUUUUAACUAAAUUUUAUAUUAACUAAAUUUUUAAGUAAUUUCUAAUCUACUGAAUAAUUGAUAUCUCCACGAUUUGCUGUCAAAAUGUUCAAGCAACGCAGAAUUAAAAAAGCCUGCAAAAAAAUGUCCGGAAACCAUCGUAGUGAAAUGUCUGUGGAGUUCAAUAACCUAUCCUCAUCAAUGUCAAACGUCAAUAGCACUACUUGCUUCAGCAGGAAGUCGAAAUGUACGUUCUCAACAAUUUCAUCAGUGACAUCAAAUAAAAACUGCAAAUCUAUGAUAAUUAAACAGCCACAAAUUAUUACAAAAGGGCUUGAAAAUGCAGCAGUGCAUUUUGGAAAUUUUUAUGGUCUUUGGGAUGAUGUAGAAAAAGCAGAUUGCAAGAAUCAUUUAAGAGGAGAAAUGGUGGUCAAAAAACCACAACGAUUAGAAUUCACUAGACAGAUGGUGCACAAACUGGAGAGAGCAAUGGAUGCAGAAGAUUAUGCGCGACAAGUGUCGGUUCUUCUAAGGAAGACUGUAGAGCCACCCGAUUUCAGAUUGAAUCAACUUCUAUCUAAAGAUUCAAUUCCUAACGCAAGUCGAAGUUCCUCGGAUUAUCCACUCUGGUACAAGGAGCCUAAGAUAUCGUCAGUGUUCUCAAAUCCAAUCGCUCAAUUUAAAACAUAAUCCUUGCAAAAUAAUUUUUAACAGACAAAAGCGCUUUUCAAAAGAAUUAAACGACAGGAAUUAUUUUAAACUUUUUAACUGUUUAAAUGCAACUUAUAUGUAAUUAUAUUUGUUAUAAUAUAAUUAUAUUCAAUUUAACAAUUUUCACUAAAAUUGUAUUAAAAAGUUGCAAUUUAUUUUAGUCAAAUGUAUAAAUUCUUAAUUGUUUAUGUCAUUAAUAUUGUUUCGAUCUGAUCAAAUAUAGUCGUAUUAAAAAAUUAUAAUAAAAAUAACUUGUUAGAGAUUUAAUUUCAUCCUUGUUACAAUUCCAGAUUAAUUGCAAAAUGCAUCUAUGUAAUCUUUAUUUGUUAUAACAGUAUAAAAUUAAUUAUAUCUUUUUUUAAAAAAAAGACAUAGUAAUUAAUGUUAUAACGGCACGCAGAUUGAGUAUUGUCCAAAGUUGCAAAGCCGCGAGGCUUUUAUUUCGGUAUUCAUUCUGCGCGCUAAUUAAGAGUCGUGGUCAUUAGUUUGCAUGGUGUUACGCCGUAAUUAAGCGUCGCUAGACUAUUACGAAUGCCACUGCUGGAAUAAUUAAUUAAGUCUAGAAGAACUAUAAAGAUAUACACAGGUGAAAACAUUGUUAAUUUAAGUUCUAAGUGACAAAUAACCGGAAAUUUUUUCUCAAUGUGCAGUCACAGUCGUAUUUGAUUUUUCAAUCUUCUGAUUGGUUUUAUGCAAAGAUCCUCAGUAUUCUAUGAUCAAAUGUAUAUAUACAUUUUUUCUUGUUUUUACACACGCGCGCGCACACACAUACACACACACACACACACACAAGAAAAAAUACACGUGGUUUAAGAUUAAUAAUAUUUUGAGUAUGUGCAAAGAUAAACGGAAUAAAUUAAUAUAAUAAGAAAAUGAUUCUGUGCACAAACUGUUUCCGAAAAACAAGGGGCGCUGUACGUUAUCACAAGACCGGCACGUAUUGUUUUCGCCUCAAUGAAAAUCCAAGGGGAGAUGCACGGUACGUAGGGUAGUACUUAUCGAUUAUUCCGUCUACCAGCGUAAAGACGAAUUCCAUGUAUCUUUGACGAAAGCGAACAUCCGACUACUGGGAAACGCCAGACUCGCACGGAUAGGGAUGCGUUAAUUUUAUUAAAAACGAAUUUUAAAUGGGUAGACCGACAUAUGGGUUUUAACUUUAAAUCACAACCGUAUAAAAUGUGCCGAAACAAAAUUUUGAUAUUCACAUAAUAUUUAAUCCUGUUAUAAAAGAUUGUUAAUCUUUUUGUGAUUUAUAUAGAUACAUAUUCUCACCAAAGGAACUGGCACGCAAACACAAAUGUGUAUAUAAGUAAUUUAUAAAGAUUUGAAAAAUUAAUUUAGGAACAUAUAAAACUAGACAAAAAUAUAACUGUAUAUAUAUUUUUUGAGGAAUUAAAAUUAUCAAAACAAACAAGUAGAUAUUUGUAUAUACAUAGAUUUAUUCUUUUUCUGCAAACUAUACAAUAUGGUCCACGCGAUUGAGAAUCAUUUAAAUAAAUUAAUGACUAUUACGAUCACUUAAUGACGGAAUAACAUGUAUGAAUAUAUGUGAAUAUAACAUAUACAUAUAUACCUUUUAUAAACGUACAUAAAACUUCUGUAUCUUUUAUAUGUAUAUGAUGUGAAAUGGUAAUUGCAAUUCGGUUUAUAAUUUUAUUUGCGUGUACAUUUGUCAGUUAUUGUAAUGCAAUUUAAAUUUAAACGGUAUCAUACAUCUUGAACAAAAUAAAAGUUAUACAUUCAUUUGCAAGAGCAUCAAUUAAAUUAAUACUAAUUAGUAUAAAAUGCACUCAAUUUUCAAUAAAUUUAUUUAGUUACACUUAAAAAUAUUAUAACAUUGUAUAUAAAAGGUAACAUAAUAAAAAAUUGAAAAAAGAUGAUAAAUAGUAUAAUUAUACUACUAUAUUUUGGAUACCUCUCUGAAUGAAACACAACUCAAUAAAAAAUAAUUCGAGUAUGCUUCAUGAUAUUGCAACUAUUCAAAGAGUGCAACAUUCAGAAUGUAUAAUGCCGCUUAAAUCAGUUUUAUAAGUUUUACUUGGUCUGUCAAUUCUUAUUAACGAAACCAGAUAACCGGUUUUGAAGAUGUAAAAAUUGCACCAUUGUCGAUGAUUACGAUUAUUUUAUCUUGAUGUCGAAUCAAAUUGAAAGCAGUGAAAUACAGUACAAUACAACAAUGAUACGUACUUCAUACAUUUGAUGCAUUCUACUGCAUUCCAUAGAAUAUGAAUGAUAACUCAUUCGUGUGAGCACGGUGCAAUUAGCUCCCGUCUGAUUGAUACUUUUGAGGCCUUCCCUAGGUCUUUUUCCAUGAGUAAUACAUUUCCAAAGGUCGA